CUGCAAGGUGGUAUAGAAUAGAAGUUAUGUGCCGAUUAAAUAGGUUGAACAAUUAUUUGAAUAUUAUAACAUAAAAGAAGAAAAAAUAGCAUUUGCUGGAAAAGUUUGUUGUGUAUUGGUGGCCUCCCUCUAUCGUCUCUGUGAUCGUCGUUUGAAGAGUGUGUUGAUGAUUUAUAGCCCAAGACGCUGAUUUCCACGUUUCAUUCAUUCCCUCCCUCAGCCUCUUGUUUCCUCCGCCCCCUUCCCAUUUUUUUCUGCUCUUCUCAAACUCAAUAAGAAUAACUAACCUUUUCUCAUUCAUUCACAAACAAAUCUCAAUGUCUCUCUCCGUACCCAAGUUGGUUCAGCCUCUUCCUCUCCAACAUCACAGAUCCAAUAGCACCCUCUUCCUUGGAUCCACUCAUAAGUUUCGCUUCAUUUCCCCCAUUAAGCUCAAUGCUCCUCGCUCUAAUUCCACUGUUGUAUCUGUCUCCAAUCUUGUCAAGAACAACAAGCCCAAAUCAACCACCAAUCUGCUUAUUACGAAAGGGGAAGGCUUGCAGCUCUAUGAAGACAUGGUAUUAGGCAGGUCCUUUGAAGACAUGUGUGCCCAGAUGUAUUAUAGAGGCAAAAUGUUUGGUUUUGUUCACUUGUACAAUGGCCAAGAAGCUGUGUCAACUGGAUUCAUCAACUUUCUCAAGAAAGAAGAUUGUGUAGUGAGCACAUACCGGGACCAUGUUCAUGCACUGAGUAAGGGGGUCCCGGCACGUGCUGUAAUGAGUGAGCUCUUUGGGAAGGCCACAGGAUGCUCCCGAGGUCAAGGUGGAUCUAUGCAUAUGUUCUCAAAGGAGCAUAAUUUGAUUGGUGGGUUUGCUUUCAUUGCUGAAGGAAUCCCUGUGGCCACUGGAGCAGCAUUUUCCAGCAAGUAUAGAAGGGAGGUGUUGAAAGAGGCAGAUUGUGAUCAUGUGACAUUGGCCUUUUUUGGAGAUGGAACAUGUAACAAUGGACAGUUCUAUGAAUGCCUAAACAUGGCAGCUUUAUGGAAAUUGCCAAUUGUGUUUGUGGUGGAAAACAAUCUGUGGGCUAUUGGGAUGUCACAUCUCAGGGCAACUUCAGAUCCUCAGAUAUGGAAGAAAGGUCCGGCAUUUGGAAUGCCUGGGGUUCAUGUUGAUGGUAUGGAUGUUUUGAAGGUCAGAGAGGUGGCAAAGGAGGCUAUUGAAAGAGCCAGGCGAGGAGAGGGACCGACUUUAGUAGAAUGCGAGACCUAUAGAUUUAGAGGACAUUCAUUGGCUGAUCCUGAUGAGCUUCGUGACCCUGCUGAGAAGGCGCAUUAUGCCGGUAGGGAUCCCAUCUCUGCACUGAAGAAAUACAUGAUUGAGAACAAAUUAGCCAGUGAACAAGAGUUGAAGACCAUAGAGAAGAAGAUAGAGGAGAUUGUUGAGGAUGCUGUUGAGUUUGCGGAUGAGAGCCCUCAUCCACCCCGCAGCCAGCUUCUAGAGAAUGUCUUUGCUGAUCCAAAAGGUUUUGGAAUUGGACCCGAUGGCAAGUACAGAUGUGAGGACCCAAAAUUCACCCAAGGCACGGCGCAUGUCUAAUGUUUUUCAUGUCUGACAUCUGGCAUCUAUCUGUUUGGAGUUUUCAGUUUUAGAUUCAUGUUCUUUUUCUUAUACUUACUAGAGGAUCAAACGUUACAGACAAAAUGCCCUUCAUAAAAUAUAAGGAGGAUUUGUUCUUUAGGUUCACUUUUCUUUUUCUUCUAUUAUAUUUAUUAGGUAAAAUUGUAAAUUUAGUCUUUCAUUUGUCUCAGAAUUGCAAAUUUGGCCCCCUAUAAUUUAAUUCAUGAAUUUAGUUUC